AUGGAUAAUGACCCAAAGCAAACCUCCAAAGUUGUGGGAAAAUGGCUUAAGACGAUAAAGUCAAGUGUCAAAGCUCAUGACCCAGACGAAAAUCAAAAUGCCAGGAUAUCUUAUAUUCUAGAAGAAAGCGACCUGGGCGGCUCUCCUGUAGGAACGUACGUUUCCGUUAACGCGGAGAGCGGGGUUGUAUACGCAGUGCGCCCUUUUGAUUAUGAGCAGAUCAAAAACAUUCAGAUAACUAUAAAUGCGCAGGAUGGCGGCUCUCCUUCGCUUUGUAGCAACGUAACCGUUAACAUUUAUAUCCAAGACCAGAACGACAACGCGCCUCAGGUCCUGUAUCCGGUCCAGUCUGGUGCUUCUGUGGUGGCUGAAAUAGUGCCUCGUUCGGCAGAUGUGGGUUAUCUGGUCACUAAAGUGGUGGCUGUUGAUGUGGACUCUGGACAGAAUGCCUGGCUCUCAUAUAAACUGCAGAAAGCCACAGACAGGGCGCUGUUUGAAGUGGGCUUACAGAAUGGAGAAAUAAGAACUGUACGUCAAGUGACAGAUAAAGAUGCUGUGAAACAAAGGCUCACUGUUGUAGUGGAGGACAACGGGCAGCCCUCUCGUUCAGCUACAGUCAAUGUGAACGUGGCGGUGGCGGACAGCUUCCCUGAAGUGCUCUCCGAGUUCACUGACUUUACGCACGACAAGGAAUACAACGACAACCUGACUUUUUAUCUCGUCUUGGCCUUGGCUGCCGUUUCAUUUCUUUUUAUAACAUGUCUAGUCGUCAUCAUCUCUGUUAAAAUUUACAGAUGGAGGCAAUCUCGCUUGUUCUUUUCGUCAAACCUUCCCGUUAUUCCGUACUAUCCGCCGCGUUACGCAGACACUGUGGGCACAGGAACUUUGCAGCAAGCGUAUAAUUAUGAGGUUCACAGCACGACAGAUUCAAGGAGGAGUGACUAUAAAUUUGUCGGACCCUGUAAUCAGAACGUGUUGAUAAUGGACCCCAAUUCUACACUUACCAUCCAGCGCGUGCAAAGUGAGAAAAACAUCCUGGAUGAACCAGAUUCUCCGGUUCAGGUGAGACUGUAG